CUUAUCUUUAUUUCUCUAGUCUUCCCCACUUUCUCUUGUUUGCUCUACAAAAAAUUCUAUCUAUUUUUCUAUUAGAACUUAUACCUUUCGCUACCCUUUUAUAGAUUCCCCCUUUCUUUUCUUCUUCAAAACAUCUUUUCUUCUUCAAAACAAUUAGCUUUUUUUAUUAUCUAAAAUGAUGCCAUUGUUCUUCUCCCCAUCUCUCUCUUUUCCAUUUCACGAUUUCAACUUCUUGAGAUCAUGGUGACCAAACUAUGCAUACGUCUCCCAACCUACUAAUCAUGUCUUCUUCAGAGAAAUCCUUCAUUUAUUGGAGAGGAAAUCCUCAGUUUAUUGGAAACGAAAAUAAAGUAUCACGCCCCCCUUCUAUAUCAUUGGACAACCGCAUAAGGAGUGAUAAACAUGAAGAAGAAUUAGAUGGAGCAACUGCACUUUCUUUAGUAGCACGCGCCCCUUCUAGAUCCUUCUACAACCGCACAAGGAGUGAUGGACAUAAUGAAGAAUUAGAUCGAGCAUUUGCACUUUCUUUAGUAUCGCGCGCCCCUUCUAGAUCCUUGGAUAACCGCAUAAGGGGUGAUAAACACAAUGAAGAAUUAGAUCGAGCAUCUGCAUUUUCUUUAGUAUCACGCGCCCCUUCAAGAUCCUUGAACAACCGUGCAAGGAGUGACAAACACAAUGAAGAAUUAGAUCGAGCAUUUGCACUUUCUUUAGUACUGCGUGCCCCUUCUGGAUCAUUUGACAACCGUACAAGGAACAAUAAACACAAGGAAAAAUUAGAUAGUCCGGUUGCACUUUCUUCCGUAUUGCAUGCCCCUUCUAAAUCUUUGGACAACCGUACAAGGAGUAAUAAACAAAAAGAAAAAUUAGAGCGAGCAACUGCACUUUCUUUAGCUGAAGGUUUAAAGAAACCGAUUGGCAAUAAUAAUGAAAGUAUGGUAUUGCGUGCUCCUGUAAGAUCCUUGGACAACCGCACACGGAGUGAUAAAGAAAAGGAAGAAUUAGAUCGAGCAAUUGCACUUUCUUUGGCUGAAGGUUUACGGAAACCAAAUGGAUAUGGGUGGCAACCAAGCAAUAAUAAUGAUUUUGCUAAAUCACUUCAAGAUGACUUUCAUCCAUCAUACACUCCAUAUGUACCCCGUGAAUAUGUACCCAUGGGAUAUAGGAUAUGUGGUGGGUGCAAUCGUGACAUUGGUUAUGGCAACUACUUGAGUUGCAUGGGGACCUAUUUUCAUCCAGAGUGCUUUUGUUGUAGUGCUUGUCGUUACCCAAUCACCGAAAACGAGUUCUCUUUAUCAGGGAAAGAUGCAUACCAUAAGUCAUGCUUCAAAGAGUUGACUCAUCCCAAGUGUGAAGUCUGCUUUCAAUUUAUUCCCACAAAUGGAGCUGGAUUAAUCGACUAUCGAUGCCACCCAUUUUGGUCCCAAAAAUAUUGUCCUGCACAUGAUUAUGAUAAUACAACCCGAUGCUGUAGUUGUGAACGACUUGAGCCUGUGAAUGUAAGUUACAUAUCUUUGGGAGAUGGAAGGAGUUUAUGUUUAGAGUGCAUAGAAUCUGCAAUAAUGGAUACAGGAGAUUGCCAACCGCUUUAUCAUUCCAUUAGAGACUAUUAUGAAGGAAUGAACAUGAGACUUGAUCAACAAAUUCCCAUGCUUCUUGUUGAAAGAGACGCCCUUAAUGAUGCUACCACAAGGGAUAAAAACGGGUUCCAUUAUUCGCCAGAUACAAGGGGUCUAUGCCUUUCUGAAGAGAAGAUUGUUGCAAGUAUUUUAAAAAGGCCAAGAAUUGGUGGUCAUCAGUUGGUGGGAAUGAUAACUCAACCUCAGAAGCUGACUCGUAGAUGUGAAGUUACUGCCAUUCUUGUUUUGUAUGGUCUUCCAAGAUUACUAACUGGAGCCAUUCUUGCUCACCUGUUGAUGCAUGCCUGGUUACGUCUUAAAGGUUACAGGAACCUAAAUCCUGAGGUUGAAGAAGGUAUUUGUCAAGUGCUUUCAUAUAUGUGGCUUGAAUCAGAGAUCAUGCCCAACAUCCCAUCAUCAUCAUCAUCAUCAUCAACAUCAAAGAAAGGUGGGAAAUCAAGAAACGAGAACAAAUUAGGUGAAUUUUUCAUGCAUCAAAUAGCUCAUGAUGCAUCACCAGUAUAUGGAGGAGGGUUUAGAGCUGCAAAUGCAGCUGUUAAUACAUAUGGCUUACGAAGAACACUCGAUCAUAUUCACCUUACUGGAAACUUCCCUCUGUAA